GCUGGAAGUGUCCACCACCCCUACGAAAUCCCAAUCCUCAUUUCUUCACCCGCUUGCUCGUGCUCAAUCUGAUGGUGGUACUCGUGCCUCAAGCUCGCUCUCAACGGUCACAUCGCAUUAGCUGCUUGGAGAUUCGCAGCACUCAUGUUUUGUGCUGGGACGCAAACAUCAACGGACAACGCGCGCGCGCGCAGGCUGUCCAAUUGAAAGUGUCGUCCCCACUGUAGACUGUAUGCGCUGUCUUCACAAAGAGUUGGCCAGGGAACAUCAAUCUAAACACCAUGUCAGCGACUUUUGACCCGCCUAUGGUGGGACUGGGCCAGUCAAUGUCAGGCGCCCGAGGUUUCGAUGGUCCGGAACAGACGGGCACCUCGACCACCUUGUCGCCUACUGAUGACUCAAGCAAAGCGGGAGGCGAUCUCGCCCGGGGCCGCUCAAUUGCUGACGCUGUCAAUGCUGGUCAUCACUUUGAUGGCCACAACGAAUUGGCCGCCAAGCCUACCUCUGGUGACGCCCAAAUCGAUCUCCACCAAACGUCAGCGCAAGCGCCCGCGCGAGGCAAUGCGACGCACGACGCCAAGCGAGAUGGUCGCACCGAGACCGUUGAUCCCCGGCUCUCUCGCUCUGGGCUGGCGUUCAAACGGUCUAGCAGCUCACCCGAGCAGCUGUACGGCGUCAAAGCUCGUGCUGCAGAACAAAGUGAUCAAGAACGGGGUCUCGCAGGUUUGGCACGCGACUCGAGCCUUUCCAGACCUCGACGGGGCUCCGAUCUGCUUGCCGUUCGUACACAGGCAGAGCAAGACGCUGUACACCUUCCACGAGCGCCUUGGGACCAGAUAGGUGAUCGAACAGAUCACAAAAAUCCCAGAAGCAUGUUCUCAGACGUGCUUGAGACUCCUGGAACGAAGACAACCCUGGCGCAGCGAUUCAGACGAGCAGUGAUAGAGGAUGACCUCCCUCGAGCGAAAGCUCUGGCCCUACGCGCUGUCACCAUAUCGAAGCUCAUGCCUCAGCAGCAGGCAGCCGAUACUCCCGCUCAGUUCGAUCAAGACACCUCAUCCGGUCAGCAUCCGGAAGACAAUGAGGAAGAGGAGGAUGGCGAUGGCGAAUCGCGAGCAUCGACGAGGAGGCCUAGCCGAGAGAUACUGCGCUCACAGCUGAAUAUGACCAUGUCAGCAAGCAGGUCGUCUACGCAUCAAGAAGGCGGUGCUGGUACCGCGGGCUCGACCGGAGUGCAAGCUGGUCUGUACCACUCGCAGCCGAGAGGCAGUACCGCGACGCUACAUCCACGAACCGUCGAGCAGAGAAUGUAUCGGGCAUCUGCUGGGGGAGCAAAGAACGGCGCAGGAUAUCACACAGAGUCGGCCGUGAAGCAGAGGUUUCCAGUGCCAAUCAGAUGGGCAGUAGAAUCUUCUCGCUGCACGUAUCGCGUUCCUGCGAAGGAAAGGGCUUUGGUUGCGCAGCGCAAGGCGCUAGCGGAAGCGCCUUCCAGCGGGAGAGGCUCCAAACAAAAGCCAAGCUUUGGCACUGCGCAGCAUUCCGGCGAGGAAAGCCCGCAAAGGACACCUGAGCCUCUCAGCGUGCUCGCACACGAUGUCAACAGCGACACAGCAAUGAUUGCACGAGGCACUGCAUGCUUCAACAUUCGGAAUCUGGAAAUGUCUCGCAAAUCCCAAGGCGAGCACGCACCUAGUCAGGCUCUCAGUCGGCAGCCUUUGCCAUCAAGCGGCCGCCGUACAAACGAGUACACUAAAGACAUGACAAUGAGAUGUGCGCGACCCGAACUGGAUGGAAGCGUGAGCAGCCUAGCUCUAGCUGUCAGAUACGGAGCAGGCAAGAGCAUGGUGGAGUGGCUUUUGGAUUGCGGCCACGAGCGAGGAGGCUUCACUAAGGACCCACGAGACAGGUCAGUGUUGCACCUAGCAGCCGCGCACAAUCGUCCAGACAUCAUCAACGCCUGCUGCAUCGCAGCAGUCGCCGAAGCUGCCAGCUCGCACCAUGCUCAGAGCGCUUAUGUCUUCCCGCAAAGCAGAUCUCGUGCUCUGCGAAGUGGUAGCGAAGGCACGAGAAGCCUUGGAACCGGAGAGCAUCACGUCAUUAAGGACUUUGCCUCAACACCCGACGACGAUUCGGACAGCGCGCAACGAUCUUUUGCAACGCCAAGCACUUCGCCAAACGUUCCGCACCAACAUCUGCGCAAGCAGCAUGUUGUGGCAAAGUCUGCCGGCUCGGGUCAUCAAAGUGGUCCUGCGCAAUAUAGCAGUCCUUCGCUAGGAUAUAUGGAGGAUUUGGAUGCGGAAGACGACGACGGAGAAUUCGAAGACUCACACCGAAUGCCGCUUGGGCUACGAGAGCUGCUCGACUGGCAAGACGAUAUUGGCUGUACAGCGCUUCAAGUGGCUUGUAUAAAGGGCUACGAGCACUGCGCCAGGUUGCUCUUGGAUCUGGGCGCAGAUCCUGAUCUAGUCGACGCGCACGGGAAUUCCCCGUUGCACCACGCCUCCAGCUGGGGCCACCUGAUCGUCGUGCAGCUGCUCAUCGAACGAGGUUGCGUCUUUGCCUCCAAGAACACUUCCGGCUUCACAGCUGGCGACUAUGCGUACAACGAGCAGUGCAAAGAGGCUCUCGAAGCCUUUGGCCGAGCUCAGUACGAGGGACGUAGAAUGGCGCGGAAAAGAGGCGGAGAUAGAUCGGGCGACACCGCUGCGCCUUCCUCACUCGGUCAUGGCGGCGCUUGAGGCGGUGCGUGCCAUUACAUCGGGUCAGACGAGAAAAGGAGCAUUUGAAUCGCAUUGAACGCUAAGCAGCCCAGCUUGUGCUUGGGGUGGGUAUAUUAAGCACCGACAUCAUGUAGCAGUACCAGCGCAUCA